UAACAUAAGACGUGGAGGGUCGCGUCCAAAGAUCUGGAUUGUACACUUUUGGAUCAAUGGUUCCCACUUGGGAUUAACGAUCGACUUUUGCAUUAAAGUGAACGCUGAAGAUGUUCCGUCUACGAACCAGUCAGAUCAAGCGCAUUAAUUUCCAACAGUUUUCUCGGAUUACUGGGAUACAAUCCUCCUGUUACAUCCAUACCACAAGGCCUCGUUAUGGUGCCGAAGAUGGUGGCAAGACUGGACGAGAGGUGACGAAUAUCAACAAACUACUUGUGGCUAACCGCGGUGAGAUUGCAAUCCGCGUGUUCCGUGCUGCGUCAGAGAAAGGCAUCAGAACGGUAGCAGUUUAUUCCCAGGAGGAUGUCAAUCAUAUGCACAGACAGAAAGCUGAUGAGGCAUAUUUGAUAGGAAAAGGCCUCGCACCUGUUGCAGCUUACCUGGAUAUCCCAGAGAUAAUUCGUGUCGCCAAGGAACGUGAUGUAGAUGCAAUUCACCCAGGAUAUGGUUUCCUCUCAGAGCAAGCUGACUUUGCUCGUGCCUGUAUUAGUUCUGGUAUUAAAUAUAUCGGACCUUCGCCCGAUGUCCUGUCAACAAUGGGUGACAAAAUUGCAGCCAGGGCUACGGCCAAGCAGGCAGGCAUCAAAGUCAUUCCUGGAACAGACCAUCCUGUGGAUGACCUUGAAACAGCACAACGCUUUUGUGAAAAUCAGUCUGGGUUUCCAGUGAUGCUGAAGGCGGCAUACGGGGGGGGUGGCCGGGGAAUGAGGGUUGUGCGCCACAUUGAUGAACUGGAGGAGUUGUUCAAUCUGGCGCGAAGCGAGGCUUUGGCUGCCUUCAACGACGGUUCCCUUUUCAUUGAGAAGUUUAUUGAGCAUCCACGUCAUAUUGAAGUUCAAAUUCUCGGCGAUGGUUACGGCAAUGUUAUUCAUCUUCACGAACGAGAUUGUUCUGUGCAACGAAGACAUCAGAAAAUACUCGAGAUUGCUCCAGCGCCCGUGUUAGAUCCUGCCUUGAGAGAUGCAAUCACAGCGGAUGCCGUCAAACUCGCGAAUUUCGUUGGCUAUGAAAACGCCGGAACCGUGGAGUUCCUCCUGGACGAACAAGGCAAUUAUUAUUUCAUUGAAGUGAAUGCAAGACUUCAGGUGGAACACACAGUAACGGAACAGGUCACAGGUGUUGAUUUGGUUCAAACGCAGAUUGGUAUUGCUGAAGGAAGAAGUCUUAAAGAUCUUGGCUUAUCUCAGGAGAAUAUCAAAGUGACAGGUUCCUCGAUACAGGCAAGGGUAACCACGGAAGAUCCUGCAAACAACUUCACACCUGAUACUGGCAGGAUUGAGGUGUUCAGAGCUGGUGAAGGGAUGGGUAUUCGGCUGGACAGCGCAUCAGCAUUUCCUGGUGCUGUUAUAACACCACAUUACGAUUCGUUGCUGGUCAAAGUCAUCAGUCAUGCGAACAACCAUCGCGAGGCCUCCAGAAAACUGUACCGAGCGUUACAAGAGUUCAGAGUUCGUGGAGUUAAGACCAACAUCCCAUUUCUCCUGAACGUCUUGGAGCAUUCCGAGUUUGUUGACGGUGCAGUGGACACAGAUUUCAUCAAGGACAAUCCUCAGUUGUUUCACAUUGCAACGAGUCAGAACAGAGCCCAAAAACUGCUGCAUUAUCUGGGCAACGUCAUGAUCAACGGUCCAGUUACACCUUUAGCGACCACCAUUAAACCGAGCAAAAUAGAACCGAAAAUUCCCACGAACAGCACCCGCGAUCGUCCAGCGGGUUUCAAGGAUAUUCUCACCAAUGAAGGUCCCGAGGGAUAUGCGCGCGCAGUUCGAAAUUCGAAAUCUCUUCUGCUGAUGGACACGACAUUCCGUGAUGCUCAUCAAUCCCUCCUUGCGACACGCGUUCGGACCACUGACCUAAGAAAGAUUGCACCGUUUGUCUCGACGAAUUUCUCAAACCUUUACAGCCUGGAGUGCUGGGGAGGAGCAACUUUUGAUGUUGCAAUGAGAUUUUUAAACGAAUGCCCCUGGGAUCGUUUGGCCAAGCUGAGAGAAGACAUUCCUAACAUUCCACUUCAGAUGUUGCUGCGUGGAGCGAACGCCGUAGGUUACACCAGCUAUCCCGACAACGUUGUUUACAAGUUUUGUAAGGUCGCUGUGGAACAUGGGAUGGAUGUCUUCCGCGUAUUCGAUUCUCUGAAUUACCUGCCAAAUCUCCAGCUUGGUAUGGAGGCAGCCGGCGCUGCAGGGGGUGUGGUUGAGGCCGCGAUAUCGUACAGCGGUAAUGUAGCUGAUCCAGGAAAGACCAAAUACACCAUCGAGUACUACAUGGAUCUCGCAGGUGAACUUGUGAAAGCUGGCACUCAUGUUCUUUGUAUCAAGGACAUGGCUGGAUUACUUCGCCCAGAAGCGGCGACGUUAUUAAUCGGGGCUCUUCGUGCCGAGUUCCCUGACAUGCCCAUUCAUGUCCAUACCCAUGAUACAGCGGGCGCCGGGAUCGCAUCCAUGCUGGCAUGUUCUGAAGCAGGAGCUGAUGUUGUCGACGUUGCUGUCGACUCCAUGUCAGGAAUGACGUCACAGCCGAGUAUGGGCGCUCUGGUCGCGUCUUUACAGAAUAAAGAGACUGAUACGGGUAUACGGCUCGAAGAUGUAUUUGACUACAGCAGCUACUGGGAACAAGCCAGAUUAUUGUACGCGCCGUUUGAAUGCACCACGACGAUGAAAAGCGGCUAUUCUGACGUGUACGAAAAUGAGAUACCGGGGGGUCAGUACACAAACCUACAGUUUCAAGCGUUUAGCCUGGGCCUCAACGAGCAAUUUACUGAGGUGAAGAAGAAAUAUACGAUGGCAAACCGUCUCUUGGGUGAUAUCAUCAAGGUAACACCGUCAUCGAAAGUCGUCGGCGAUCUGGCACAAUUCAUGGUCCAGAAUAAUCUUGCUGAACAUGACGUAUUGGCAAGAGCUGGCGAGCUGGAUUUCCCAAAUUCUGUCGUCGGGUUUAUGCAAGGUGAACUGGGUCAGCCUCACGGAGGGUUCCCGGAGCCACUCAGAACGCAGGUUCUCAAAGGAAAGCCGACGAUUGAUGGAAGACCUGGGGAGAGUAUGGAAGAUUUGGACUUUGAUGAACUGGAAAGAGAACUAAAAGAGGAACACGGAGAUCAUAAUAUUCGCGAAUGCGAUGUGCUUAGCGCGGCAUUAUAUCCGAGUGUAUUCCGAGACUACAUGAGAUUCAAAGACGAGUUUGGCCCGAUGGAACCUCUUCCGACACGAUUGUAUCUGACGGGGCCUGAAAUUGGUGAGCAAUUUCAGGUGGAAAUUGAGAAAGGCAAGGUGCUGAAUAUCACGAUACUCGCAAUAGGAGAUCUUCUUCCUGAUGGACAAAGGGAAGUGUUCUGUGAGAUGAAUGGACAGCUAAGAGCUGUUUUUAUCACAGACAAAACUGGCGUCGAGCAAGUCGCAACAAGAUCAAAAGCCAACAGGGACGACAAAGGCUCGGUGGGGGCACCCAUGCCAGGAGAAGUGGUAGCAGUUAGGGUGAAGGAGGGACAACAGGUAGAGAAGGGGGACCCGCUUGUCGUACUCAGCGCUAUGAAGAUGGAGACGAACGUGACGUCACCGAUCAAAGGCGUGGUCGCUAACAUUAAUGUCCGUAAUGGAGAGACCAUUCAGGCGGGAGACCUUUUGGUUGAAGUAACUGAAAAUUGAUUUUGGAUUUUCUUGAAAAAAUUACUAAGUUGUGGAAUAAUUAUAUUAAAAAUGAACUCCUGUU